UUUCCCAGAGUUCAGUUAAGAAAUGAGGAUGCUCGGGAAUUUCAAAUAUUUUAUCCUCCUACAACUGAGUUUAAGUGUCUGAAGAAAAUAUAAAAGUAGAUGUGCAUAUUCUCUUUAUCUCGGCUGUUUGUUGCAUUUAAAUGAUGCAAUGGUAAUCAAGGACUACAACAAAUAUGUAGAUAUCUGAAACGGUCUCCUUUUAACUGUGAGUUGUACGUAAGUGAGUUGGUGAUGCAGGCUUUCCAUAAGCAGAGAAGAAUGGCAAGAUAGGAAGAAGUUGUUGAUUGCUGAAUCAUGCAUACGAUGCAAAACGCCAACUACUUAGCCCAAAAAACACGUAAAAGAAAAGUGGUCAGUGAGCCAGUAGGGAUGUCGUUUGCGAGAAGAUUUUCUGUGCCAGAAUGCAAGAUGAAAAAAAAGGAAAAAAAAAAGUUCACGUUACGAAUUUGGCCACUAGAUGGCUGUGUUGCAUAGAAACAGCUGAUAGAUGGUGUUGCUUUCUUUAGCGUCUGUUGAGCUCUUGGUUUGUGUCGACUGUCAAUAGAUGCAAAGAUAACUAACAAGCACCCGAACGUGCAUGAAAAGAAAGUGAGUGAGUGUACGUCAAAUAACAGGGCGUUAAACAACAGUUAUCUCUGGUGUGACACACAGGGAAUUUUGUUGCGCUCGUUUUGGAUGAAUUGUGGAAACGCGAAACAUCUCGGUAACAGUUGCACCAUCAUGUGCGAUUGAAAAAAGGGGAGGAACGAACGCAUCUGCCAAGCCCAUUUAACAAUUAAACUUUUGCGUGCCUAGUGACAGUGCAUCCCGACUACUUUCACCUCUGAUUUGAUUCAAAACUUGUUCGUUCACGUCGUUUCCACACGAGAAACUCAUCAUGGGCAACAUCCACACUGUUGGACCGAACGAAGCCUUGGUCGUCUCAGGCGGUUGCUGUGGGGCUAGUUCCAAAACGACGGUCGUCGGCGGAUGGGCAUGGGCGUGGUGGCUCGUCACAGACGUCCAGCGCAUGUCGCUCGAGGUGAUGACGUUGAACCCGGUGUGCGAACACGUCGAGACGGCGCAGGGAGUUCCGUUGACGGUGACGGGCGUGGCCCAGUGCAAGAUCAUGACGGCCAAGGAGCUGCUGCAAACCGCCUCUGAGCAAUUCCUGGGCAAGACGUCGCAGGAAGUCCAGUUGACGAUCCUGCAAACUCUGGAGGGUCAUCUGCGCGCCAUCCUGGGCACUCUCUCCGUCGAAGAGGUGUACCGUGACCGCGACCAAUUCGCUUCUCUAGUCCGUGAAGUGGCAGCUCCCGAUGUCGGCCGGAUGGGCAUCGAAAUCCUUUCCUUCACCAUCAAAGAUGUUUACGACGAUGUCGAGUACUUGUCUUCGCUGGGCAAGGCGCAGACGGCCAACGUCAAACGCGAUGCCGCUGUAGGAGUCGCGCAGGCCAACCGAGACGCCGGAAUUCGGGAAGCCGAAUGCGAGAAAGCCUCGAUGGAUGUCAAGUACAACAUGGACACCAAAGUGGAGGACAACACGCGACUCUACAAGCUCCAGAAAUCGAAUUUCGAUCGAGAGAUCAACACAGCGAAAGCGGAGGCGCAAUUAGCGUACGAAUUGCAGGCAGCCAAAACUCGUCAAAAGAUCAAGACGGAAGAAAUGCAAAUCACCGUCGUGGAACGCCGGAAGCAAAUUGAAAUUGAGGAGCAAGAAAUUACGCGACGCGAAAAGGAACUCAUCGCCACCGUCCGUCUGCCCGCAGAGGCCGAAAGUUUCAAAGUCGAACUGGUCGCCCAGGGCCAACGGACUCAAGUUGUGGAAAAAGCGCGUGCCGAUGCCGAAAAGAUCAAACUAAUUGGAGCGGCCGAAGCGACGGCCAUCGAGAAUGUCGGUCGAUCCGAGGCGGAGGCGAUGCGGCUCAAAGCAGCCGCUUACAAACAAUACGGAGAGGCGGCCAUACUCUCGCUCGUUUUCGAAGCUCUGCCAAAGAUUGCGGCUGAAGUGGCCGCUCCUCUUGCCAAGACGGACGAAAUUGUUAUGCUGAGCGGAUCGUCUAAUUUCUCUAACGAGAUCAACAAGUUCGUAGCCCAGGUGCCGCCUGCCAUUCAAGCGCUGACGGGAGUCGAUUUAUCCGAUGUCCUGCGCAAAAUCCCCGGCGCCAAGUGAAGCAGGUGCCGUAAUUGGCGUCAUGUCCACUCGAUGAAAUAGGAAUAGACUCUUCUAGAAUGAAACAAAAGUGACCAAACAAGUCGUUAAAAGAAACUAUUCAAAAAUCAACACCUUAUUGAACAACGCUGGACUUUUUCGGCAACUGCCGCUCCUUUACUGGAACAAAAUGAUGAUUUUUAUUAUUAUUUUUUUUUUUUUUAAACUCAAAAUUUGAAAAUACCUUUUGCCUCUCUCCUUUUGGCCGCUGCCCGUCUGCCUGUUGUAUUGUUUUUUUAUUACUAUCCAUUUUCUGCGUUGUAUUGGUGUCAAGGCUUUCCAGCGUUCCGAAGCUCUUGGUACUACCCCCCAUAAUUUUAUUUCUCCCGCAGCCAUUUCCUCUUUCUGGCUCGUUUAUCUCUUCUUUUUCGUUUUUGAGGUGGGCGCGCACGUGAGUCAGCUGGACGCGUUCCGUCGUUUUGUUUUGCGUUUGGGGUCCAAGUUGAGUGCCAUAAAACCAAAAAAAAAUAACAAAACUGUGUGACUCGUUAUUUCCAAACUCGUCCAACUUUUAAAAGUCAAACCAAUAAAUGAAACACGACAAUUUUUCAAACAGUUGCCAUCAUGCGAUCAACGCCACCGCCAUGUGUAGUAGUCAUUUCCCUCUUGCCAAACCGGUUUUUUGUUUCUCGUCCUUUUUGCAUUUGAAUUGCCGAGCACUUCAGUUGGUUCUUUUCUUGAUUCUUUCUACUUUAAAAACGUUUCCAGAUUGAAAUCGAAAAGCAAAAAAUACAUUUCGAAAAGCAUUGA